AUGCUUUUCUCCCAUACCCGUCCCGUCCGUGCUGGGGAUUCACAUGCGACGGCCGCUGUCAUCCGGCCAUCCCUCUCUCCCCCCCCCUUCCUCGAGAAACGGAUUUGGCUGGUCAACAGCCAAGCAAUAUAUCAUGUUGCUUGCAGGUUGGCCGGGCGGUUGAAUCAGCCCGUCGGAGUUACGGAGGAUGACCACCUUGCACCGCAAGAAGAAACGGUCACACCUGACAUCUACAUGUCGCGAGAGCGGGAGAGGAGCUCGCAAGAUCGCUUCAUAGGAUCCCGGGAUCACGAUCAUUUGAGAAUCACAUCUGUAAUGUCGUCAAGUGAUCCGAGUCCUCUAUCGUCUCCCUUGGGACCCCUCUCGGAGUCGCCCGAGUCUGACUCGGGUCUCCACAAACUAUCCUUGCAGAUCGAUCGGCCUUUUAGAGGCUCGGUAGAGAGCUUGUCCUCGGGAUAUGAAACCCUUCCCAGAUCCCCGCUCUUCGAAGGUGAUCAUGGACUUGGCCCGUCUGGCUUAGAUCGCAUCCGCCAGCAACCGUCGCGCGUUCUCACACUUCCCAAUUUGUCGACCUCGUCCCUCUCUCCGAUGGCGACCUCAACGACCCGUCCCACCCCCCUGUCUCGCUCGGGCUCAUCAUCCCGCACACAUACUGGCCAUCUGACACCGGGCCAGGCUUACGGCGACCUGGAGGACUUGCACCGGUUUCCUCUGGAAUCUCUGCACUCAUUCUCUUUUGCCCAACACUCAGAAGAGCUCUUGCACAGCCGACAGAACAUCCUCAAGCGGUCGAUCGAUUUCAUGCGUGACCGGAUGGGCUGGGCGGCCAGCAAUCCGGCAAUCGCAAGUGCGCAAGCCAAUAUGAGUGGCGACGCAGAUGUGCAGGGUAUGAUGGACCUCUUGACCCGAUCGCACGUCCUGGAGGAGCAGAAUGCGGCGAUGGCCCGGGGACCGCCCACUGGACCGGCGGAUGUGUAUGGCGACAAUAUCUUCGACAAGGCAUUCCUGGAACGUGGUCCGUCCGCUACCAACUCCCGUGGAGGCUCUCACGAUUCUUCCCAUCUCUCGGAUCGCCAGACAACACCCGACCCUCACUCACACCUGAGUUCGGUCCCGAUGGAUCGUUUGCCGCACUCCCGGAAAGACCUCUACUCGGCACCGUCUUCCAGACGCGUAAGCUUGAAACGUACAUACACGGACCUCAAUGUCGCCUCACUCAAAAACAAGCUGAUGGACACCCUAGCUCAACCAUAUGCCUCGACGGACGCCGGCCAUUCCAUGGCGUCUUCGACAGCCGGAUUAGGGAUUCCCAUGCCCUCGGCCUUACACACCCAUAGCAGCAAAUGGACGCCCGUCUCGCAGGCUGUCUUCCGGACGGAAGCCAAAGCGCCCUGGACCAUUCUCGCCGCCAACGACCUCUCCUGCUUGAUCUUCGGGGUCACCCAGUCCGAGGUCCGGCGACUUAGUAUCCUAGAAGUUGUACAGCAUGAGCACCGGCAGUGGCUGGAGACGAAGCUUCGGGACCCUAGUACUGAUGCUGCAGCCCGCACGCCCCUUCAGCCCGAGCGACCUAAUAUACGUGCGGUGAAUCCCAAAUUCCGAGGUCUCGGAAACGGCGUCACAGCCCAGUUACUCAGUAAACCUUCUUCCCGUGAAAAGUCUCGACGGGCUCAGACCGACGACGGCUAUGGGUCUAGCACCCGCAACAAUCGCAACAACAACAACCAUACGGCGCACAAGUCCCGGGGUGUGCUGCUGUGUGGAGAUGUCGUACCCAUUCUGAAGCGUAAUGGCACCAAGGGAUCGGCGAGCGUUUGGGUCAUGGAAAAGCGCGGCGGCCUCAUUUGGGUUGUGGAGGAGAUUACGGAGAAUACCGCGUCGGUCCGUCUGGAUGGGCAAUGGAAUGUCAUCGAGGCCAAGGGCGACACCGACAAGAUUUGGGGCCCACAAGUAGUGAAGAAGGGUCAGCACGUUACCGAAUUGCUUCCUCGCCUACCCUCCGAAUGUCUCGAUACUCCGCCGGAGAAAGGCUUUGAUCAAAUCGUCGCCCUGAAGCACUUCGCAGCCCGCACCGCCGCCGGAGUAUGCAUUCCCGUGACCGUUGGGCGACUGGAUGGUAGUCGGACCCUGCAGGUCUCGAGCUUCCCCCACGUUGCAGGGAUGAUGGUACUUUCCUCCACGACGCUCAAGGUUAUCAGCUCCAAUUCUGUCUUCUCCGCCGCUCUGUUUGGUCAAGAUCGACCUGAAGGUCGUCACAUCACAGAACUGGUCCCUGGAUUCGAUGAAAUCUUAGACGUCCUUACCGAGGAGGACGAUGUUCCGUUGGUGGAUGGCAUCGUGGUCCCCGAGCACAGUUUCCGCCGAGCGCGCACGCUCUUGAUCCUCCGCGAAGGCAAGGCGAAUGCCGCGUUCGUUUUCACCGAGCCCAGCGGCUUACUGGCCAAGCAUCGCGACGGAUCUACGAUCGUCGUCGAUGUUCAGUUGCGCGUGGUCAAGAGCAGCACUUUCUUCUCCAAGGAGCAAGUUGAGAGACUCGGAGAGCGCUCCAGUGAUUCGGAAGACAGUGACGACACCAUCGCCGUGACUGAGCUGGUAUAUGCCCUGUGGAUUACUUAUUCACGACAGAUUCAUGCCGCGGACCCGGCCGCCAAUCUGUCCCCUUCGAUGCUCCCCACGUUGAGUCCCUCGGCCGAUCGUCCUUCUCCAUCGGGGCAAGCUGAUCCUUCUUCGGAGCGGUCGUCCUCCAGUGUGAACGGCAACCCCACUGCGGGAAAUCUCAAGCCCGGGGUUGAGGUCCAAUCACCCAGUUCGACCCUAAGUCAACAACUCAGCGAGGCGGCUUCUGAGCCCCUGACUGACCGGCCUGUCCAGCCGGUGGCGGAGAUCCACGCCAACAACGCUAAAAAAGAGAUUCCUCAGAAGCGAACCAUCAACGAUUACGUGAUCCUGGAGGAGAUGGGACAAGGGGCCUAUGGCCAAGUGAAGCUGGCCCGUCUCAAGAAGCAGCCGAACCAGAAGAUGGUCUUGAAAUACGUGACCAAGAAACGGAUUCUGGUAGAUACGUGGACUCGUGAUCGACGACUCGGUACCGUGCCGCUAGAGAUUCACGUCCUCGAUUUCCUCCGACGGGACGGGUAUCGACAUCCCAACGUUGUGGAGAUGCAGGGCUUCUUUGAGGACGACGUCAAUUACUACAUCGAGAUGCUUCCGCACGGGCUCCCCGGCAUGGAUCUGUUCGACUAUAUUGAGCUCAAGAAUCACAUGGAUGAAUCGGAGUGUCGCAAUAUUUUCAAGCAGGUCUCGAGUGCGAUUCACCAUCUGCACACGAAAGCGUUGGUUGUCCACCGUGACAUCAAGGAUGAGAAUGUGGUCAUGGAUGGCGAGGGCCGGAUCAAGUUGAUUGACUUUGGUAGCGCGGCCUACAUCAAAAACGGGCCCUUUGAUGUCUUUGUGGGUACCAUUGACUACGCCGCCCCCGAAGUUCUUCAAGGCAAGUCCUAUCGUGGCAAAGAACAGGAUAUCUGGGCGCUGGGUAUCCUGCUAUACACGGUGGUCUAUAAGGAGAAUCCCUUUUACAACGUCGAUGAAAUUCUGGACCACCCGCUUCGGAUUCCUUUCUUGCCAUUUUCCGAGGCCUGCAUCGAUCUGGUUCGCAAGAUGCUGGAUCGCGACGUGGACAAUCGAUUGACCAUCACGGAGGUGCUUGAACACCCGUGGCUGACGGCAGAGGACUGCGCCGGAUAG